AUGUCAAACUCAUCAUACAUAAUGUCACCAAUUAUUCUUUGUUUAUUAGAUCCAACCGACCGAUCUUAUUUGGAACAUUUUGCAGAAGAUCUUAAAGAGAAAAUCAAUGACUAUAAAGAGCGAAUGAAGGAGUCUAAGAACAACCUAGAUGAUGCUCUUAAUAAAUUACUUUUUGCAAAUCCGGAAGUUAAAGCUAAAGAAGACAAGAACCGUGAUGCCACCAUUAGGUACUUCGAUGCUUCAUAUAAUCAUCUUAAAACAUUAACAAAUAUGGAAGUUCAAAGAAUAGAUGUCCUUGAAUUACUUUCAUUAGAAGAAAGAAUACAAGUCUACGAAAGUAUAAUGCAGGAAGAAAAAAAACCAGAAGAAUGA